GUGGACAACUGUAACAUAACCAGGCGGUUGGUGCAACGAGACUCUGCUGCUACUGCUGCCACUGCUGCUACAAUUGUCGAAAUAUUUUAUGUUAGAGGAACCACCAAAACCAACACGAAGACUUAGACAUUUCCUGUCCGUGCUGUAUCAACCAGAUCCAGUUCUACUUUUCUGAUCCGAAGCUGCUUGUGUGUGAGUAAAGAGGGGGAGCACUGAAAGCAAAACGAGAGACAACAACCAUGAAGAAUCUUGUCCUCUUAUUUACUUUCGUUGUGUGUCUGUGGCUGACUAAAGCACAUGAUAUGACAACAGUUUCACCAGAUAAUGAUGAUCUGAUGUUAGACGUGACACCAGGUGGUGAAGGAGAUGUUGUGACAGAAGGGCCGCCAGGUGAUGACGACGAUGUUGUGACAGGAGAGCCGCCUAUUCCUGAAGACGAAAUUAUGAUAGCCGAGCCGCCAGAUAAUGAAGGGGAUAAUGUGACAGCAGAGGCGCCUGUUUAUGAUGAAGGUUUUGUGACAGCCGAGGAAUAUAAUGUGACAAUGGUGCCUCCAACUGAAGAAGGGUCUGAGGAUGGAGGGGAAAGUCUUGCAACAGUGUUCAAACCAUUCCAAUGGCCUCACGGAUGGUGUUAUUACCGAUGCCCCAAACGUGUAACCUAUAGGCAAUCGUAUUGGUCCACGUGUGGACGAAGAAGGUGCAGAAAAUACAGGAUACGUUACAGAAUGGUUCAGAGUUCAUGUCGCAGAUGUUGCAGAGGAUUUCGGUACGAUCGGAGAACUCGCAGAUGCGUAGAUAUAAACGAAUGCUUACGUCCCGGAAGAGUCUGUAGCCAUAUAUGUAUCAACACACCCGGAUCGUACUUCUGCAUGUGUAGACAUGGUUUCCAAUUAGUUGGGGGACGUUACUGCAAGGAUAUUGAUGAAUGCAAGUGCAACAUGCACUACUGUCCUCCUCCUUACCACUGUUUCAACACAUAUGGAUCCUACAUGUGCCAUUGCCCCCACGGAUUUAAACCCAACGGAAAUUGGUGCUACUGGAUGUCUCGAGGAAAAUCCCGAAACGCAGUGCCAGGAAAACCAAGUGUCAUACCAAAGUUUGAGCAAGUUAAAAAACAACAAUUGAAACCCAUCACCAAAAGCAAACCAUAGAAAUAAACAUCUACAACAUCUACAACAACUACUACUGUCACAAUUACUAUUAUAGUAAUCAUUCGAAAAUAUACUCCUAGGUACACAUAGUCAAAACCCUCUCAAACAUAUCAUCACACCAGGACAUUAUCCUGGGCCACUUCACCAAGUCUUCUCCUUUCCACAUGACCACCUCGCCGGGUCAUCUCCUCUCCUCUCUAGGUCACCUUUACACCGAGUCAUCUCAUCUCUCCAGAUGACCGCCACAUCUGGUCAUGUGACUGCAAUCCCAUCAUGCCCUUGUGUCUCUAGUACAUUACAUCAUUGUUGUGAUAUUCAGUUUUUAUUGCUUCAUUAAUUAAUUAGUUAAUUAAGAGAUUUCAGACAUAAUAAACUUUGUUACUCGUUCGUUUCUCUGUCUGUUAGUCCACGAGUCGCUGAUAGUCCACCUUACAUCAUACAACCAUACAUGCAUACGCACAUAUUCACAUCUGUAUCUGUGAAGUAUUUUUGUACAUUUUCACUCGUUAUGGAUUAAAUAAAAGAUAUUUUAAUGAAGACUAUAA